AGAGGGAAACAGCUGGAGGUUUCAGCUGUCACCGUCUGUGUCCCUCCGUCAGGGCGUUGCGAGCGUUACCAAACAGGAGGGAGCCAGGCCAAGUUGUCCUUUUCUCAUUAUUUGGCGGACUAAUGUUUAACCUGUCGUAGAUAUGGAUUUCGACGCUUUAUUUAACGAGAAUACAUUUCAGUUCUCGGAUUUCCAAGAGUUCACGUUUCUUCCUGGACACCAGAAAUUGACCGAAAGAGUGAGAAAGCGAUUAUAUUAUGGCCUGGACAAUGAUGUUUCUUUAGAUGCCCUUUCCUGCCCUGUUACAGAUAUUGCCGUCGAAAUCUUCCAAAAGUCUGCCCCAAGCCCAAUACGAAAGCUCCAGAAGAAGUAUGCUGCCCAUGUUGCCAGGGAGGCCUGCAUUUCUCCGUGUGCCAUGAUGCUGGCUCUUGUUUACAUAGAAAGGCUUAGACAUAGAAACCCUGAAUACCUCCAAAAGAUCUCCUCCUCUGACCUCUUCUUGAUCUCCAUGAUGGUUGCCAGCAAGUACCUGUAUGAUGAAGGUGAAGAAGAGGAGGUUUUCAAUGAUGAAUGGGGAGCAGCUGGGAAGUUGGAUGUCAAAACUGUCAACAACCUGGAGAUGAACUUCUUGAACGCCAUUGAGUGGAGCCUCUUCGCUGACCCGAAUGACUUCUUUGAUUUACUAAGUCAACUGGAGACCAGCAUUGCGGAGCGGCAGGGGAUGAAACGCGGCUGGUUCACCUACACUGACCUCUGUGUGCUGCUAGAGCACUCUGUAUGGAGUCAAGCCCUCACAGCCAUCUACCAGCACUUUACUAAGGUAUCCUGUAUGCUUGGCCUGGUCUAUCUAACCAGUGUGGCUGGCCUUAUUGCCACCAGUGCUGUGAUUCACCAGCUCAGUCUCUCUAGAGGAGGCCAGUCUCUUCUUCCGCCAGAUGAGAUCAGCCUGACCCACUUUUUGGCUUCCAACCUGAGUCCAGAAACCUCUUCCUCAGUGCGCCGCCUCCCUUGUUGUGUUCUGGCCAACAAGAGUGUUAACCGUCAGACUGGCUCACCUGGAAGCAGGCAACACCACAGUCAAAGGCCUCCAUCGUCUUCCACACAAACAUCUGUAUUGUGUCUCUGGGGUUCCCUGCUUGCCUCGAUGGGUCAUAUACAUCCUGAAACGAAACCUGAUGUGGAAGCCUCCCAGACCUGGUCUCCUGUGUCCUUCAUCUGUCCUGGCUGUCUCGCAACACUCCCUCCUCUUGCUUGCGGGCUUCGAAACACCUCAUCAGUCCCCCCUCACGGCCCCUUUGAAAACCAUCAGCCUCAUUUGUCGUGGUUUUCCUCCAGCCUCCUCGGUGCUACCAAGCCAAGUGUGGACUCUCAUCUAGAUAUUUUUCCUCCUGUACAGCUGCGACCUUGCCACCCAAAAUCGAUGCUGCCAGUUGACAAAGUCCAAGCUCUGCUUAUGCCUGGCUAGAAAUGGCAGAGCUUUUCAUCCUGUAGUAAAGGACUCUGGAAAUGAAACCAGCAUUGUUGUUGUCACUCAUCUACUGCUUCAAGGCUUUUCUUUUUUUACAUUUCCAGAUCUAGAAUACAGGAAAAAAGACGAGAGGAGUUGGGCACUUUUCCAAGAGGUUCACAGGGAGGAAAUUUCUAUAUAGUUAAAUACUGCAGGGUAAAUUUGAUUCAAUUCAAAUACCACAAUGCUUGAUUAAUCACAAGCGUUGUAAAGUUUAGUUCAUUUAAUUCUCUGCAGCAACUAAAUUCACAUUAUCACCCUUCUGUUUUAAGAGUUGGCCACUGUCGCUUGCUGUUGUAGGGCUUUUGAAUUGAAUGUGUUCCGAGUUGCUGUGUCACAGCGGUAAUUUUUAAAGUGGACAUGAACCACUAUAUGUGCAAAGGCUAAUUUACACGAUGGAGUCCUGCUCUCAACAACUGACAUGGAUGUAAUACUGUCUGUUAAGCUGGAUUUACGAAUUAAGUGAAGUUAAAGUUUAUAAAACAUGUUUAGCGCCAUCUUGUGUCAAUAUAGACCGUGAUAUCGUUGGGUUGGUUGCAGUAAAAAAGACUUAGAUUAGUUUAUGUUAGUUGACUAAUAACUGAACCAAUAACUCAGGGGAAAACAGGGUCACUAAAACUAAAAAUCAGUCUAGGGGGUUACUUUUGUGCUGCCACUGGCUGCAACAAUGAGUUUCAUGCUAACAAAUCGACUCCACUGUCACUCUCUGUCUCUUAAGCAGUAAGUGGUUUUAGGUAGUUUGGCUGGCUGCACUCAAACAGGAAACUCCACCUGUUAGUCGUUAUGUUUCGGUUUCUGAUGCAUUUUAUAAAUGAGAACAAUGUGGAGGAGAGCCUGUUUGAAUCACCAGACUGACAAGCUGGAGUCCAACACUACAGCUUUUUCUCACCAAGCUGUGCAAUCAGCUGACAAAGCAGAUGUUUCCGAGAUGUGAUCAGCGCUGUUUUAUCUAAUAAAAUGUCCUGUCUUUUCCCAAGCACAACUAAACAGUUUAUAUCACAGGUUACAUCCACAUUACAAUCUCCUUCACUUACUUUUCCUCACUUGUAAGAUUUAAAAAAAUGCAUAAAAUAACGCUGAUCACAUCACGAGGAAAAAUCAGAGUUUCUGACUUCCGGUCGUCGGUCUGCUGAAACACCCUCCAGCUGACUCAAACAGGCUCUCCUCCACACUAUUCUUGUUUAUAAAGAGCUUUAAAAACCUGCCCUUACAGCUAGCAGGUGGAUUUUCCCAUUCGGUGCAGCUAGCCAAACAACAACGAGCCAUUUACAUCUUAAGAGAUGGUGAGUUAAAGUAGACAGUAUAGCCUCAUUUCUAACAUAAAUCUCAUUGUUGCAGCCAGGGGCAGCACAAAAGUGAUCCCCUUAAACUGAUUUUUAGUUUAAGUGUCCUUAUUUUCCCCUGAAUUACUGUUCCUGUUACCAGUUAGCUUACAUGAACUACAGUGACACAAUGUUCUGUACUCACACAAGAUGGCGCUAAACAUAUUCUAAAAACUUUAAAUUUAGGCACUUUUUUUUAAAAAAAGCCAGUUUCACAGACAGAGUUACAUCUACGUCAGUUUUUGAGAGCAGGGCUCAAUGGUGUAAAUUAGCCUUUUAUACAUGUAGUGUUUCAUGUCCACGUUAAGCUGUUCACAUUUGGCAGGUUAAUGAAUGUGUGUGGUGGUUACCAAGCAUAUAUGAAAGUUGAAAGUUUUACGGUAAGUUGUUUUAUUUUUUUUAAUGAAGAAGGGACUUAAACCAGGCUAAAUUUUCUUAUUCAUAUUCGUUUCGUGUAGCCAUAUGCCUUUCUUUGAUGCAGCUUGAGGAUUGCAAUAGACACUGGUCAUUCACAUACACAUACUGUUGGCACUGAUAGCUAGUUAUAAAAUCCGGUUGUCUUCUAGGUUUGAGAACGUUCCACAUCAUGGAAGAGAAAUGGUUGGACAGGAGACCAGACAGUUGAAACCGUGUCUUUGUGUUACUGUCACAUGUUUUUUCUGUUUUACCAGAUGUGAUAUGGCAACAAAAUAUAAUACUUACGUCACUUUCCUGUAACAGGGUCUUAGCCAGGUGGAACACCUUUGUAAAGGAUGUGUUCCUGUGAUUUCAUGCAGUCUCUAGCUUUUUUGUUUUGUUUGUUUUUGCAUGUAAUGUCUUAAAGGAAAACGUCAACCUUCCUUUGUUGCGGGAGAUUUGCACUUUUUGGCUCCAUUUUCAUUGAUGUAGAACAUCAUCUUGCAUUGUUACUGCAUUAUUGUCAUGUUUUCAACACCAGAAGGGGAAAUGGUUAUUUUUAUCUACACCGCUACAAAUCUACAUUUACUUUGUAAUUGAACCUUUAACAAAUUGAUCUGAAUUUUGAAUUUGAUACACUUUGGAUCGUGAACCCCUUAAAUUUUGUACAUGUUAUAAAAUGCAAAUAUUGUAAAAUGUGUAGCAAAAAAAAGAAUAAAGACCGCAUUUGUUUGAGAUA